AUGGACGGAGCACAACAACAACGGCUACAGCAGCAGCAGCGCCAAUCUCAGGUGCGUGCGCCGACUCCUCUGCGAUUGAAAUCGCCGCCUGCACCAUCGCUACCGGCGCAAGACGCAGCAGUAAUCACAGCCACCGCGAAGGAUAUGGUCGACACACGCAGGCGCUCUUUGAUAACGCAGUUCACUUCCACCAUCUCUUCCUCCUUUCACUUUCUGGCCAACGAGGCGUCGGCCCGUAGCUGCGGUACGCAGCGCACGGGUGGCCACAGCACUAACAGACGUGCCGGCGAAGAAGGUAUCCACGCCGAUGAGCCGCUGCUCACGCACGCGCGCCCGCCUGCCUCUCGAGAAGAGGUUGAGGAGGGCCUGGACAAGGUUCUUUACGCGAUCGACCACCUCCAGAAGCUGCAGCAGCGCGGUCGUUACAUCGCCAGCACCGAAGUGGCAAACCUCCGCCGCGCGUUCCUCUUCGCCGUUGGCGAGGAACAACGCUAUCGCGACGCUGUAGCAGCACAUGGGAGCGUGAGCGGGUGGUCCUCAGCACUCACCAUGCCAUCCCUGCCUGCGCAGCGCACGCCAUUCAAGGAAACCCCCUCCGUGACGGGCCCCACCGACACCGCUGUGGCGUCAUGGUGCGUCCCGAGACCGCCAUUAGCAGAUGACCCAACUGGAAAGGCAGCCGAGGAUGCAGUAGAAAUAUCUCGGCCCACAGAAGGAAAGAGGGAGUACAGCCCAAAGGCGGCGGCGGCCGACAGGCUGCUUGCAGCGCUGGAGCGUUACGUCCACGAGGACCUGUCCUCCACCUCCUUCGGCGCCCACGGCGCGCACUUCUCGUGGUGCAGCGUCAUCCACACCCCCGGCCAGCGGCGGCUGCAGUCGCUUCUUGUUUCCAUCUUCACCUUUUUCACGGGCAUACCCAUCUGUAUAGCCAUCACGGGGCUGCUCCUGCUCUCGCGCUACACGGCGCCCUUCAUGGUGAUGUACCUCAUCUGGACCCUCACCUUCGGGCGGCCCAGCCAUCCGCUGUCCAAGUACCAAACGUUUACGCGCUGCUUCGUGUGGCGCUACUACUGUGACUACUUCCCCAUACGCCUCGUCAUCCCCAAACCGGUGCGGCGCCGCUUCGACAAGGAGCGCAACUACUUUUUUGUGUACCACCCGCACGGCAUUCACUCGUUCGGCGCCAUCGUCAACUUCGGGCUUGACCAGAACGAUGCGUCGGAGAUGCUCCACGGCAUCACAAUCCACCUGCAGACCCUCAAGGUUAACCUCUACGUGCCCCUAUGGCGCCAACUCGCCAUCUGGGCAGGGUGCGGCGACGCCAGUGCCUCCUGCAUCCGCAAGACGCUCCGGUCCGGCCCUGGGCAGAGCGUCAUGCUCGUCGUUGGCGGGGCCGAGGAGUCGCUCAUGGCAAAGCCGAACUGCAACGACCUGCUCCUGUUCAAGCGCAAAGGCUUCAUCAAGAUCGCGCUCCAGGAGGGGACGCCGCUGGUGCCAGUGUACGGUUUCGGUGAGAACAACGUGUACAACGUGCCGGAGCUGGCCAACGAGCCAUGGAUGCGGUACCUGAUGGUGCUGUGGAAGCAGUAUGUUGGCUUCGCCAUCCCGCUGGUGAGGGGUCGCGGAUUCUUCAACUUCAACUACGGGUUGCUGCCGCACCGCCGCCCGAUCGUGGUGGUGGUCGGGGAGCCGCUGGAGGUGCCGCACAUUCCUAACCCGACCAAGGAGGAUCUCGAGGUAUGGCAGGGCAAGUAUAUCGAGUGUCUUCGCAAGCUGUACAACGAGCACCGCGGCAUCUACGACUUGGAGUCGACUGGGCUGCGCAUUAUGCAGUGA